AGCCUCUCCCACACCGCCUCUCUGUCCAUCCUACAUUGCAGGACAAACUGGCACACGUGUAUCCAAUAUAAGCGACUGUUGCGCCAGUGCGCUACUGACAGCGCAGGGUUUUCCGCUACAAGGAAAUGAUGGAAGAGGAAUGUUUCUGACGCCUCUCCGUUCGGUGGGGACUGUCCGCAGGAAAACUGGACAUGAUACUCGUUGUGCGCGGGUUGCUGGACCACGUCGGAACGCUCAGAUACUGUAAAUGUGAAUAAAUCUGCAUGAUUUAGGAUUCUCAGGGUCUCCGACACUGAAAUGUCUCAGGAUUGGAAAUGCAGCUCCACGCCUGUCUGUUGCUUUUCAUUAUCACAACAGAUAAAACACUGGCCUUGUUGCAGCACCACUGUGGUGGAAAUGUCAGCCUGGACCAGGAGCCUGCUGGCCACAUCAAUCUCACCCUACCUGGACAUUUUACUGACAACAGGUUCAACCCCAUGAACCCCCAGUCUGACAAAACCCUUUUUCUGUGUACUUGGAUUUUAGAUAUUCCUCUGGGUAGGACGGUACUUUUAAAAUUACUACGGUUGAGUGUUGGUUCGAGAAUAUCUGUGCGCUGUGUUUGGAAUGGGGAAGAUCAGGUCCUGGAGAGCUUGGGGGUGGCUCGGCUGUCUGGCUGUGACAAAGCCACCAUCACUUGGACAGGCCUGGGACACUCCUCAAAUACAGUUCAGCUGUACUAUUGUGUCCAGGAAGGUGAGAGGAAUUCCUCAGGUGACCACACAACCCAGCAUCCAGAUGGAGACCCCGUACAUGGGUCUCAGACAGGAACCGACUUUACAAGCAUAGCUCCUGCCAGUCAAGAGGUGGUGAGAGGGACAGAAGGGGGCAGAGGUCGCCACUACGAAGGUCUGAAGUGGCGUCCUGGACCUCAGUCUGUGUCUAGUCCCUCCUCCCAGGACAAGGGGCUGCUCUACCCGACCUCAACCCUUCGGGGACUCAGUGUAGCAGGAGCAGCUGAUAGGGAAACUCUCCCUUUUCCUGAGGAAGGAGCAAACAAUGGAGCGGAUGCAUCUGGAGCGGCUCACCUCACUGAUAGUCCCAUAUCUGCCAGAGAUGGGACACACCCCUAUUUUCACACUGAGCGUACGCUUAGUACAGACACAUCAAACACAGAAACAAACCCUAACGGCAGGCUCCCUCAAACCCAAAAGGCACUGGCAUAUGCAACAUCCAGUGUCUCCAACAUUAUGUUUGGCAAGGAUUUACACAAAUAUACAGUCACUCAGACAUCUAUGCAUGUAGAUGAACAUGCAACCACACGUGCCCACCCCGCUGUGUCCAGCUUUAGCUUUCUACCUCUGACCUCUACGCCCCCUCAGAUAUCUUCUCGGACAACCUGGGAAAGUGGUACCGACGUAAUCCCGUCUGGUCGCACUGUUAGUGAAGAGAAACAGCCCCAUUCUUGGAGAAGCCAUCGAAGCACAGGCACACUUCUUUCUGAUCUGAGCUCUGCCGUCACCUCUAACCCUUUAAAAUCCUCCACUGAACCUCCGCAGUAUGACUCAAUCAGUGCAGACACUGAUACUGAAGCCACUGCGUUAACUUCCUCCUCACAGGGCCCCGGCAGGACUCAGUCAUCCACUGCCCACAUCGCUGAGUUUCACACUGCUGUUACUACUGUGGCAGCAGCAUCAUUUCAUCUGAACAUAAGUCAGACUGACUCAUUGAAAUCUGCCGAUGUUACCAGUGAAACUGCUGCGUUUGAGUCCUCUGAUAAAUUCGACAGCGCAGUAGAGCUUCACACUCCCACUUCAUCCACACAGAGGAAGACAAGCUCUCGACAAAGUACAGAGAGCUUCACACACUCUUCUUACACAUCCUCCACAUUCACACAGACAAGCAAAGACAUCCAAACAGCAACUCAAAGUACACAAAGAGAUUUAAUUAGCCCACAUGUGACUACAAAUGAUGCCCCUUCCUCAACUGACAUUACCAAAGUUAAUGAGCAGACUUUAAGUUUCACAAGUUCUUCUUCAACACUCAGAGCAGCGCUGACGAUGGGAGGUGUAGUCCGUGACUCUGCUGACACAGGAGCUACUUCUGAAACACUGCAUCCUACUCAUCCACUCUUACAUGAAAAUUCGCACACAAAUUCACAGGCUCCUGUUUCUCUUUUUUCACCCAGUACAUCCACACACUCCUCUACACCUUCAAACAUGCUCCAAACACACACUACGUUUUCUGGUAGCUCACACGUUACUCGCACACCACCGCCUUUAACCUCCUCUACCAGUGACUCCACCUUAUACACACUCCUUAUCGACCACAAAGCCAUGUCUACCCCUUUACAAACGACCAAAUCUACAUCUUUGCUCACACCUCGUACACAUCACCACCUGCCUUUUCCGUCUUCUACUAAUGUCCCUGCUACACAUAAACAUUCCCACAACAAUAUUACUACAACACAUAUUUCUCCACUCUUACUCACAACUGCAAAAUCAGAUUAUGGAGAUAAAAACGAGGGCCAGCUGGACAACACAGACUUUCAGACAGGAGGGAAUCACACCGUCUGGACCUGCCCAUCAUGGGGACCUCCAUCCUCUCUAACCUCACAUCCCAGCCAGCAGAGCCAUGUGGUGCUUACACCCUCUGCCUUACCCUCCACACCUGCUUGGAGCUCCACAACUAGUCAGCCACCCAGAUUUUUCAUUGUGCCAGACCAGCCUGCAGCCGUUAGAGUGGAGUCAUUUGAGCUGCUGCUGCAGAUAAUUGUGGAAGAGUCCAGAUCAGCUUUCACUACUAGCUUGGAAAAAGACGCCGCUGCUUGGGUGGAGCUGUACCUACAGAAAGCCCCGGGGUUCGGCCGGCUGCUGGGAGUCUGGAGCAGUGGCCAUGCAGUGCAGAGUCUGGUGGAAUUUAAAACCAGCGGGGCUCUGCAGUGGCUCAGCAUGACAGGACCCGCAUCGCUGUUGGAAAGAACAGGACUAGCUCAGGCCGUUCGUGAGGGGAGGAGCUUCCGAUCGUCCAAGAUAACCAACGUCACGCUAGGAGGUAUGCAAGCUGAUGUGUGUGACUGGCUACUGCAGUGCCCAGAAGGCUAUAAAUGUGUUUCCCUGCUUGGCACUGCAAAAUACAGCUGUUCUUCUGUCUGUCGAUUUGACCACUGCCACCACCAUGGCAUCUGUACACACCAUCCAGAUCAACUUCCAGUUUGCCACUGUGCUGUAGGAGAAGACUUCUGGUACAUGGGUCCCCAGUGUGACGUGAGGAUGACUCAAGCGCGGCUCGUGGGUGCAUGUCUCGCCAUCUUACUCCUCAUGGUGACACUCAUUGGCGUUUUGGCCCUUGUGGCGGUGCGACGCUACCGAGCUGUUCUGAUCCAGGCCAAAGUGGAUCAGACUCGCAGCAGCUAUCGCAGGUUCAAUCAUUUUGACGAGCUGUCAGGUCGGUUCUGGUUGCGUUCGUGGGCGGGCUCUGCAGACUCCAUGGACAAUCCUGCCUUUACACGGUCUGAUGAGUUACUGCACCUGCGGGCACUCGACCGCCCUUGCUGUUACCAUGAUGACACACUGUCGCUGGCUUCCACCUGCACAAGCCAUGGGCCACACAUCAAUACAAUCUACCCCCACAGCUCCCAGUAUGGCUGGAGGGGGAGUGAGAUGAGUAUGGGUGAUGGUGUGUUGGAUUCGGGUAAGGCCAGUGACCUUUCUGUCUGUAGCUGGCCUGUGGAACCUAUUCAGUGGACUCCCUUCCCACUUCUGCAGCAACUGGCUUCCCACAAGACACCCACAGUGAGGGUGUCAAGGCCGCGGUCCUACUGUGAAGGCAUGGAGCUGGUAGACCUGGGGAAGAGUUGGACUGCUUGACUAACAUAAAAAAGAAUUCACUUUGUUCUGACACUGGUAUUUGCAGUUUAUUAUUUCAUGGUAAAGCUCAAAUGUUGUUUCUGUGAAUAAAAUUUGUAAAACUGAGUAUAAAUGUA